AUGGCAUUUGAAAAGAUCAAGGUCGCAAACCCCAUCGUUGAGAUGGAUGGAGAUGAAAUGACUCGAGUCUUCUGGAAAUCAAUAAAGGAUAAGCUCAUUUUUCCUUUUGUGGAGUUGGAUAUUAAGUACUUUGACCUAGGGCUUCCUUAUCGUGAUACCACAGAUGAUAAAGUUACAAUUGAAAGUGCAGAAGCUACUCUUAAGUACAAUGUAGCAAUCAAGUGUGCAACCAUUACUCCAGAUGAAGCUCGUGUGAAAGAGUUUAACUUGAAGCAGAUGUGGAAGAGUCCAAAUGGGACUAUUAGGAACAUUUUGAAUGGCACUGUUUUCAGGGAACCAAUUAUUUGCAAAAACAUUCCCAGGCUUGUCCCUGGAUGGACAAAGCCAAUAUGUAUUGGAAGGCACGCUUUUGGUGAUCAAUACCGAGCAACUGAUACUGUUAUCAAAGGAGCUGGGAAAUUAAAAUUGGUGUUCGUACCAGAAGGGAAGGAUGAAAAGACAGAGAUGGAGGUUUUUAACUUUACUGGGGCUGGGGGAGUAGCUUUAUCCAUGUACAACACUGAUGAGUCCAUUUUUUCUUUUGCUGAAGCUUCCAUGAACACUGCUUACCAGAAAAAAUGGCCUCUUUAUCUUAGCACAAAAAAUACAAUCCUUAAGAAAUAUGAUGGACGAUUUAAGGACAUAUUUCAAGAAGUUUAUGAAACCAAUUGGAAAUCAAAAUAUGAGGCUGCUGGGAUAUGGUAUGAACACCGUCUUAUUGAUGACAUGGUUGCUUAUGCUCUUAAGAGUGAAGGAGGUUAUGUAUGGGCUUGCAAAAACUAUGAUGGCGAUGUGCAGAGUGACUUCUUAGCCCAAGGGUUUGGAUCCCUUGGGUUGAUGACGUCUGUUCUGGUCUGCCCGGAUGGAAAGACCAUAGAAGCCGAAGCAGCACAUGGAACAGUCACUCGCCAUUACAGGGUUCAUCAGAAAGGAGGUGAAACCAGCACAAACAGCAUAGCUUCCAUAUUUGCUUGGUCACGAGGGCUCGCACACAGGGCAAAGUUGGACGACAAUGCUAGACUCCUGGAUUUUACCGAGAAACUAGAGGCAGCUUGUGUUGGUGCUGUGGAAUCGGGAAAGAUGACUAAGGAUCUUGCACUUCUAAUUAAUGGGGCCAAGGUCACUAGGGCCCACUAUCUGAAUACCGAAGAGUUCAUUGAUGCUGUGGCAGAUGAGCUGAGGGCAAGACUUUCUUGCAAAGCAUAACUGUAUGUGCAUCUUCCAUUUUUUCUUUAGUUCUGUGGCUUAACCAAGUUUGGGUGUAUCGGUUUCCUGUUCUUUCUGAACCCCCUUUAGUGGGUACUUCGUUGAGUUGAGGUCUCAUUUUUUGUUCAAUGUGGUUGUGGGUCCAUUCAG